AUGGCUAUUACUGUAGCAUUAGUUCAAUAUCUAGCAAUUAUUAUUGGUUUAAGCAUGCAAUUAAGUCCAGCUGAUGGCGCUUCAUGCGGUUUGACAUCCUUUUUUGAUACUAAGAAUUUAACGCAUAUCCUUUUGUCAUCCACUGAGAUUGUCCAACCUGGCGAUCCAGUACCUGGAAUGACACAACAAUAUGGAAUAGAUGAGAACACCAAUCUAUUAGUGGGUCAAUAUUCUGAUCUAGCAUGGCAAGGAGGUCAAACUUCGUUUUCUGUACAGUAUUCCAAUGGUACCACUGUUCAUAAUGGCAAUCAGUAUCCAUCUCUAUCAGUUAAUAUGAUUUUUCGUUGCGCAGAAAAAGCAAUAUGGUCAGCCAAAUUAAAUGAAUAUGCCACUGUACCUACGGAGGCUAAUAUAAAUGCAAUCGUGGAUCGCGAUACAGGCAAGUAUCAGUUUAUCUUUAACUACGCUGGCGCAUGUCGUACACUUAAACCGGCUAGCUCACUCUUAAGCGGAGGUUCUGUCUUGCUAAUAGUCUUCUUUUCCCUCCUGGGUGCUUAUCUAAUAUUUGGUAUUAUUAUUCAAUCAUCUCGUGGUGCGCGGGGAUAUGAACUGAUACCAAAUGUAGAAUUUUGGUCAAAGAUACCUGGUUGUAUCAGGGCAUUGUAUGAUUUAUAUGGUAUUCAUAGAAGUUUAGAAAGAAUUUAUCAAAUAGUGACAAACUUGUUAUUCUUUAGUCGUGUUUCAUUCAUUAAUAUAAAAGCUUUUUGUAGUACUAGAUACAGGCAAAUGUAUAAGACUUCCCCUUAG